AACCGGAAGUCGCAUUUCCUGUAAAUGGCGGCUGCCACAGCUCUGCUCGUCCCCUGACCUUUUUAGAACGUUGAGUUAGAAAGCUUCACUGUUGUAUUCGUUGUAAAGUGAAUAAAAAUGCGCGUGGACGGAAACGUGUCUCCUUUGUGCCAUUGACACCGCGGUUUUAGUAACCGUGCGCGCGCCCGUGUCUAAACGACAUGGCGUUGGUGGUGGGGACGCUGCUGAGGGCUCUCCGGACCCUGCGCCUUUCGGCACCGGCCGGGGCCUCAGGAAGACUCUCGGUACCUCAGCCCGUCCUGUCCCCUUUGUGGAGGAGGACAUGUCCCUUCAGGACGGUGCACGUGUCCUCUGCGGUGUGCGCCGGACACAACAAGUGGUCCAAAGUGAAGCACAUAAAGGGACCGACAGACGCGGCGAGAGCCAAACUCUUUUUGAGGUUUAGGUUAUUGAUAAAAGUUGCAGUGAGGGAAGGUGGACCUAACCCAGCUUUCAACGUGAACCUGGCCCAGAUUUUGGAGCAGUGCAAGAGAAAGAGCAUGCCCAAAGCAUCCAUAGAUGAAGCAAUCAACAGUGUGGGAAAGACUAAACCAUUAUUGCAGCACAAUUAUUGUGUCCAGGGCCCUGGUGGGUGUCUGCUGCUCGUUGAGGUCAUGACUGACUGCACCUCUCACACCACUCAUGAAAUCAAACGCGUGGUUUUCAAGAACGGAGGGAACAUGACUGACAAAAACCGGAACGUCUUUGAACAGAAGUUUGUAGUGGUGGUGCCAGGUCAGGAUGUCACCUCAGAGAGAGCUCUGGAGUUAGCUAUCGAGGCAGGAGCUGAAGACGUCCAAAAUACUGAGGAUGAGGAGGAGAAGCCCCAACUGAAGUUUUUUUGUGCAGAAGCGGACCUGCAUAAGGUGAGGGGCUCACUGGAGGGCCUGGGGAUGCAGAUUGAGUUUGCUGGGUCAGAGUAUUUUCCUCGUAGUUGCGUCUCUCUGGACGAUGACCAGAUGGAAGCAGCCGCAGUCCUCAUAGAAGCCCUCAACAACAAUCCAGAUGUGCUGCAAGUGUGGGACAACAUCCAGGCUGACAGCUGAGCGCAGCGUUUGGACUCUCUGCGGACACUGACUGUGUAUGUGAAAUAUUUAAUUUCACAGCUAAUCAAUCUGCCACCUGAUAACUUCCAAACGCUGCACGUCGUCACAGAAAACGUUGCUUUUCUACUGAUGCUGUCUGUGUGAGAAAACCGGGGCAAGAAUUAGCCACUAAGACACAGAACAGCAUUUCUUGGACAAAGUGAAACCACUGUCCUGCAGGUUUUUACUCCAAGCUGUUUUGAAAAUACACUUCUUCAAAAUGAAGGAGAAUGUAAAACAUCUGCGCUUCUUUACGGUUAAAUACUGAAGAAACAAAACUGAAAAUGUCGAGACGAAGUCAAACCUUUCACUUUGAGGAACAAAACAGCUUUUAUGUAGCGUGGAUCAGUUUUGAAAUAAAAUAUGUCCCGUUAAACAUGCUAAAAAGUCUCAAGUGUGUCUUCAUGAUACAUGUUUGCAUAUUCUAAUAUCUGGGACUAUUUCUCCUUG